AUGACCUCUGAGGAUGACUCCAAAUGUCCAGCGGUCCUUGAGGACAGGAGCCGCAGUCCGCUUGAUCAGCUCCAGCCACCGGGCAACUCCAACAAGCCGCUGACGCCUUUCAGCAUCGAUGACAUCCUCAGCAAGCCGUCUGUGAGAAGGAGCUACGCUCUCAGCGGAGCGGCGCAUCUAAUUUCUCCCGGAGAGAAGCUGCCCCCGGCAUAUCACAGCCUGUCCGGCCGGGCUUUGCUCAGUCAAACCUCCCCGCUCUGCGCGCUGGAGGAGCUGGCCAGCAAAACCUUUAAAGGCCUGGAGGUCAGCGUCCUGCAGGCUGCUGAGGGCCGAGACGGGCUAACGCUGUUCGGCCAGAGGAACACCCCCAAAAAGCGGCGGAAGUCCCGCACGGCCUUUACCAACCACCAAAUAUAUGAGCUGGAGAAACGUUUUCUGUAUCAGAAGUACCUGAGCCCGGCGGACCGGGACCAAAUCGCUCAGCAGCUUGGUCUGACCAACGCACAGGUCAUCACAUGGUUCCAGAACCGCCGGGCUAAGCUUAAGAGGGACCUAGAGGAGAUGAAAGCGGACGUGGAGUCCGCCAAGGCCGUGGGCGCUGUGGCCUUUGAAAAGCUCUCCAAGCUGGCUGAGCUGGAGAAGUCCGCGGCGGCGGGAGGUAUGGGUGAGGGGACGAUUUCUGGGCCAGGCCAAACCGAGCAAGACCAGGUCUCCUCCAGAUCCCAGCACGACAGCACCGACAGCCUUGACUCGACCCGGCCGCAAAUGUUGCCUCCAUCACCUGCAUCAUCGCGGUAUGCAGAUCGGCUGAGCACCAAGCGUUGCUUAGAGGAUGAAGAUGAGGAGAUUGACGUGGAUGACUAAAUGAGCAAAGACGGUCGUGUGACGCAAACAAUAACACGAUAGUAACAGACAGAAACUCUUUAGAGGAUUUACGGAGCGGUGCGAUUCAAAACAAGUCUCUAGCUCUGAUUCGAGCCUGUUAAGCCUGUUCAGCCCCGCACGCUCCUUUUGCUGCACAUAAUGCAGGAACUCCCGCUGGUUCCCGGGAAUGCUGUUCAGAUUCAUUUAAAAGGAAAAGCUUAAAAGAUGGAAGCUGCAGGUGCACCGUCUAACACGCUCCUGAAACCGCAUGAUUCAUGUAGGCCUUCUUUCUGCUCUGACGUGGUUGAGAUGCUUCUGCAAAUCAAUCUGAAAGCUCGAGAAGAAUGUAUUUAGAUUUUUAAUACAUUAACUGUUCUGAAAUCAUAUUCGCACAGAAAAUGUGCAGUUACUUGUAAUAAGA